AUGGAGAGAGCACAAAAAAACAAAGGCAAAAAACGCCACAACAAGAACAAGAACAAGUUCCUUGUGUCUGCAUUGAAUCAAGGAUCUGCACUGUCGUGCCAAAGCAAGAUGCCUGCAGAGUCCAAGGACCAGGACACAGAAAAGGAGCAACUUCAACCUGAGUGGUCUGCUGAGCAAGAGCCAUCUGCAGGAACACAAUUCGAGGAGAAAGAACCUCAAUGUGUUAAGGAAGAAGCCUGCGAGCCCGACAAUCAGGAGCCACCAGAACCUGUCAACCCUUGGAUAACUAAAAUUUUCCAAGAGGCAGGCAACCAGAUGUGCAGCCUGCAUUUUGAAGAGGAGGAAUUUCCUCUUCCCCAGAGAAGAGUGGUGAAGUCUGGGAGCAUAAACGAAACAACCAUGCCUCAGACAAACAUGAACAUCACCAUACAAAAUAUACCUGAGGAGCCCCAACAACCAUCUUCCUCAGAGGAGCCGCAGCAUCCAGCAGCAUCAGUGAAGCCACGGUGUCCAGAUAAAACACCUCCACAACAACUGGUCAAGGAAUCUGGAUCAGAACUUCCUCCACAACUAAGACCAAUGAUCAACCAGCUGAAAACAUUCCCAAAGAUGCCCGUAGGCCUACAGAUUUCUGAGCGGGACCUACAAAAUCUAAUGGGUCACAAAGAAAGGGCAAACAAGCUGGAGAAGGAGAAAGCGGCCCUUAUAAGUGAGAUUGAGCAGCUUAAAGACCAGCUCAAAUCUCAGACAGCUGAGGCCAACCAGAGGGUGGGAGUCCUCUUGGUUGACCUCUCAAAGAAAGGCGCAGCAGAAAGAGAGGCUGUGUCUAGAGCUGCAGGGUUGGAGGAAGCUUUAGCAGCUGAGGAAAAGAAGAGGAUGGAGGCAGAGACCAGUCUCCGAGAGACAAACAAGGAAACCUCCACGCUCAAGGCGGCACUUGCCCAGGCAAAAUUGGACCUUGAGAACGAGAGACAUCUGUGGAGGGAAGCGCAAGCUGCCCUGCUGGUCCAGCACGCAAAGGAUACUGCAGAGCUGAAGGUGAAUGUCCUCCAGAUGCAGGAGGAACUUGAGGAAGAGAGAAACCUUUGGCAGAAAGAAAAGGCCAAUUUCCUGCAGUGCAUCGCCAUCCUUAAGGAAAACCAGGAGAGGAAGCAGCAAGAAAACCUUGAGUCAGGGGACAUUUUGAUGGGCAGACUCACCCAACUUGAGCAGCAGAUGGAGACUUUGAGGAAGAAACCAAAAAGGAGGUCCCUGAGGAAGAGGUUCCUACAACUUUUUAAGAGAACAAGAGACUCAGAUCCAACCCCUGAGCUCUAA